GAACAAGGUCCCAUUAAGGAACCAACCCUCGUAACUAACGGCAUGUUUGCCCCUGGAACGAAGCGGUCCAAGCUUCGUGGUCCGAAAAAUGGUCAUGCUCGACGCUCGCUCCGGCGGGGGUAGUUACCCAGCUAGGCAGAGGUGGGCGCAGUCCACGUAUAUAUAAACCGUUUAAUCCAACACAGCAGCAUCAAUCCCCAAUCUUAUAUUCGCCUCGAUAAAACCCUCGCCAUCAACCAAAACCAACGCAAGAAUGACCGAGUCCACCAUUACAGUCUCCCUCCCGCAACUGGCGAAGAUGAUCGACCACUCCCUCCUCCACCCCACAAUGACCGACGCAGACAUCCUCGCGGGUCUGAAAAUCGCACGGGAGAACCACGUCGCGACCGCAUGCAUAAAACCUUACAGCAUUCCACUCGCGAAGCAAGAACUCGCCGGCACCGACGUCCUCGUCUGCCCCGUCAUCGGCUUCCCGCACGGGAACAGCACGACGGCGAUCAAAGUCGCCGAAGCGAGCGCUGCAGCGGUGGAGAUUGGCGCCGGUGCUGAGAUCGACAUGGUUGUGAAUAUCGGCAAAGUCCUUGGUGGGGACUGGGGGUAUGUGGCUGAGGAAAUCCGGCAGGUGAAUGACGCCGUCCAGGCUCACGGUGUGGCGCUGAAGGUGAUUUUCGAGAACGAUUAUCUUGCUUCCGAACACAUUGCACGCUUGUGCGAAAUUUGCACGGAGAUUCAGGUUGCGUUUGUCAAGACCUCGACUGGGUAUGGAUUUGUCAAGCAGAGUGACGGGUCGUACAACUACAAGGGCGCGACGGUCCGGGAUCUGAAGCUGAUGCGUGCGAAAUCGGGACUGGAUGUUCAGAUCAAAGCGGCUGGGGGUAUUCGGACCCUGGACGAUCUGCUGCAUGUUAUGAGUCUUGGGGUUACGCGUAUUGGGGCUACGGCGACUGUGGCCAUCUUGGAGGAGGCGAGGAAGAGGGGGAUUGGGCAGGAGCCGAUGCGGGUUACGUUUAGGCCGAUGAAGGAGGAGGGUGAGACUGGUGGAUAUUAGACGGUACUGUCUCCUGCCUAAAUCUUUAGCCUUUUACGAUGCGAUGAGCUUCUAUAGAAGGGCAUGGCUACUGAAAAAUAAGUAGAAUGAGAUAUUUAAAAGUAUACCAUCGCCUUAGGGCUAAAACAUUCGAUAAGCUACACCAAGUUCAUAUAGUCACUCAACCCGUCAUUCCGGCCGUAAUGGUCUCCGAGGAAGUGCCGAGGG